UGCAUAUUCAGGAGAAGCCUUAGGGUGGUGCAUAGAAGCAGAGGUGGGUGACACACAGACUGCACUUACGGCUCAGUCCUCGACGACCAACGGGGCUGUCAACAUGGCUAGCACCAGUAGUACGGAGCAUCUGGUCAAGCAGCAGCGUCCAUCAGUAUGGACACUCAACCAAACCGUGGUGGAUGUUCCACUCUCCGCUGUGGAGAAAAAAUUUUUGCUCCUGGUUGAGCGAGGCGAUGUAGCCUCCGCCAAGAGGCAUAUCGAAGAACAUACUGGCAAGCCAGAUUUCAGCAUCGAUUGCGUUGACCCCAUGGGCAGGUCUGCUCUGUUUUCUGCGGUUGACAACGAAAAUUUGGACAUGAUUCAACUUCUACUCGAGAGUGGGAUAAAGAUGAAAGAUGCUCUUCUCGAAGCUAUCCGUGAACAGUAUGUGGAGGGUGUUGAGGCGCUUCUGGAGUGGGAGGAGAGUAUCCACAAGCAGGGAGAACUCUAUAGUUGGGAGGCUGUAGAUAGGUCUCAAGCCAAAUUCACUCCAGAUAUCACACCACUCAUGUUGGCUGCCCACAUGGACAACUUUGAAAUUAUCAGAAUGCUGCUUGACCGAGGAGCAACCGUCCCAAGUCCCCACGAUAUAAAGUGUAGCUGUGAGGAAUGUGUGCUUUCGGUUGAAAGCGACUCACUGCGCCAUUCCUUGGCUCGAAUCAACGCCUACAAAGCACUUUCCAGCCCGUCUCUUAUUGUCUUGUCAUCGAAAGAUCCUCUGCUGACUGCCUUCGAACUGUCACAUGAACUCUCAAAAUUGAGGAAGCUUGAGAGCGAAUUCAGCGAAGAAUACAAAGAAAUGAGAGUGAAAGUGAACGAAUUUACCGGUUGCCUGUUGGAUUUCACCAGGGAGCAAAAGGAACUUGAGGUUGUUCUCAACCACUGUCCAGAAACAGGAUGGGACCCACGAAAUAAGUACUCUUUAGAACGUUUGAAACUCGCUGUCAAGUACAAGCAGAAAGCUUUUGUUGGACAUCCCCAUGUCCAACAGCUGUUGGGUGCAAUCUGGUAUGACGGACUACCUGGUUUCAAGCGACUGGGCCAACUGCAGCAAUUAUUUACUGUUUUGAAGAUGUUCAUUUUGUUCCCGUACUAUUGCACGGUGUACAUGCUGGCGCCAAACUCAAAGGCAGGACAAUUUGUGACCAAACCUUUCGUCAAGUUUGUGUGUCACAAAGCGUCUUACCUUUACUUUCUGAUGAUGUUAUGUGCUGCUUCUCAAAGGAUUGAAUACAUUGUACUGAAAGUCUUGGGAAUGUUCAUUGAUCCGUACUUCCAAGAGGUCCUUGAUGAUUGGAAUCGUCGAGAGCGUGGAGCUUGGCCAGGUUUGUUCGAGUCUGCGUGCGUUGUGUUUAUUUUUGGCAACAUCUUUGCUGAAUUAAGGCAGCUUUGGGAGGAUGGACUUUUUGUAUAUAUGGAAGAUAUGUGGAACAUUGCCGACUUGGCCAGCAAUACGUUUUAUGUUACUUGGAUUGCAGUCAGAGCUGAUGCCAUAUUCUGUCGUCUACGAGAGCAAUGGAAUGGAUGGGAUCCCUACUACCCCCGCGAAAAAUGGGACCCUUUUGAUCCCGACUUACUUGCUGAAGGCAUGUUUGCUGCUGGCAUGAUUUUCAGCGUACUGAAGCUGGUCCACAUCUUCAGCAUUAACCCACAUCUUGGUCCCCUUCAAAUUUCUCUCGGUCGAAUGAUUAUUGAUAUUAUCAAAUUCUUCUUUAUCUACACUUUGGUGCUCUUUGCUUUUGGAUGCGGUAUGAACCAGCUGUUGUGGUAUUAUUCCGAGUUGGAAAUGCACCGGUGUUACAACACAGACGAUCCUUUCCAUGCAAACUUCCACGACGAAGAAAAAGCUUGCUCCGUUUGGCGACGCUUCUACAAUCUGUUUGAAACGUCACAGUCCAUGUUCUGGGCUAGUUUUGGAUUGGUUGACCUGAUUUCCUUCGACUUGACUGGCAUCAAGUCAUUCACAAGAUUUUGGGCUUUGCUUAUGUUUGGAUCAUACUCAGUGAUCAACGUUAUUGUGCUGCUCAACAUGCUGAUUGCCAUGAUGUCAAACUCUUUCCAACUGAUAUCUGAACGGUCUGAUCUUGAGUGGAAGUUUGCCCGCAGCAAGCUGUGGAUCAGCUACUUUGAUAUUGAGCAGGACAUUCUCCCCCCACCAUUCAAUAUGUGCCCCAGCCCUGGAUUAUUUAGGGACAUCUUUGGUGUUGGCAAGCCACGAACAACCGCAUCGUUUAAGUUCAAGACCAUUGAAAAAACUCAAGAAAGGCACGACACUGUCAUGAAACUUUUGGUCAAGCGCUACAUCAGUACCGAACAACAGAGACGAGAGGAGGAGAUCGGCAUUUCCCAGGAUGAUGUGGUUGAAGUCAGACAGGACAUUUCCUCGCUGCGCUACGAACUUGUUGACAUUUUCCGCAACAAUGGAUACAAGACUCCUCAGAUUGAUCAGAGUGACAUCGGCAGUAAGAAGGCCAAGCAAAUUGAGCGUCGCUUGAUGAAGGACUUUACUAUUGGAUGUGUUGAGGGAGCUUUAGACGAAGCUGCCAAGAGUGCAAAGGGUGCAAAGGACAUUUUCUCCAAGCUGGCUAAGGCAAUUGGUAAGAAGGGCAGCAAAACGAGUUUGGGCAGCAAGACCCAACUGGGCAGCAGGGCUGAUGCGUUUGGCCGUAAGAAGAAGCCAACCGAUGCAACCGGAAGCUCUGCUGCACUUAGUGAAUCAAGGCAGAGCUUGCGGCGCUUGCACUUGGACCCUGAAGAGCUGAAAAAGCAGUUCCCCAAACUUGAGGCUGAAACCAAAACCACCCAGCUGGCCUUUGCCAAGUUCAGCAGAGGAAAAAUCAGGGCCCGGGAUAAGCUGGCUGUUGUGGACGAGACUGCCAAAGAAACUGCUCCAAAGCCUCCUGCUCGGGCUCCACCUAAGCCGAGUGCAGCCCCUGUUGCCUCUGGAGCGUUAGGAAUAAAGGAGAGAGUUGCUCGGCAAAUUUCUCUCGAAAAUAAGAAAGAGGAAGAAGAAAAGUCCAAAAUGGAGCCGACCAUGGUGAAGCCGUCUGAAAUGAAAGGCAAGGACUCCUUGACGUCCCCACCGCCUGCUGCUCCAACACCGGCAGCUCCACCAGCACCUCCAAAAGAAGCACCUGCCCCAGCAAAGGAACCUGAAAAACCAGAAGCUCCUAAAGCGCCAGAGAAACCUGCCGAGAAGCCUGCGGCAACCACCCAGCCUCCGGCGGCCAAGCCUAAACCUGCCGCAGCUGCCCCUGCACCAAAACCUUCCACUGCCUCCCAUCUGCACACUCCAGUGCCCACUGGUGGAAAGUCUGUCAUUUCUGGAAGACAUCUCGACGGAUGGCUGUAAAAAUGCAAACAAAAAUAAUUGUGAUUUGUUCACCCACAAAAUCAGCUCAAUGGGGCGUUUACUAACUUGUUUGUGGCCCAGUUUUACUCCGUUUUUAUACGAGUUUUAAUAACGCGCGCCUCAUUUUUUCAGGCAAAUGCCAAUGUGAAGCCAUGUUCAGCCGUGUUGCUUGAUAUUUAUUAAAUUUUGGCGUGCCUAUUGCAGUUGUUGACACGAUCGAAUACUACGGCGAGUGCUCUUAACCUUUAAACCGAUUUUAAAUAUGUUAUCAAUUUUACGUGCGCCUUGGUUUUACCGCUUUUAGUUAUUGUACUGUUUAUUAAAUUGUUUUCACUAUUCAGUUUUAUACAAAAUUCUGUUGAACUUAUGUUUAAAUUGAAUGAUACAAAUUAAAAAGAGAUAAAAGCACCUUUGAAAAUUAAUAAAGUAUGAAGAAUAAAAAGGUUUGUUCCCUGUUUAAGCUGAUUCCCCACCAAUAACAAGAACAGACAGUGUUAUGAAAGUAUAAGCUAAUAUUCAUGCUUAUACAAUUCCCACGAAGUAAUGUGGAAAAUCUUGGACUGGCAAACAUGCUAUUAUUGCUAUUCAACGUGAUUUUUACAAUGCUUAAAUAAAAAAUAAAAAUUUAGCUAUGUUGUUGUCGACGUUGAAGCAAUGUAUUAUGUCCAAAGUUCAAUCAAAAAGAGAAUUGUCAAAAAUUGUCAUAUCUUCUAAAAUCUCAAAUAAAAAAGACUUAUUUACUAACCUU